AUGCACAAGAUGUGUAAUGGGCUGCUGAAUGCUCUACCAAAUACGCACAGCACAAUCACAGCAACGUUGACGAUAGAAAGUUUAUCGCCCGGAAUUCUUCUAGUUCCAUCUGCAACAACAUCAAGCUAUUCGAGUUCCUCGAGUAUGACCACCAGCACAAGCCCACAACCAACAUCCAGCCUUAUAACGGUAACGAGUUCUCCGACCCUUACACCUGGGACUACUUCUGCUACCGGAACCAGUAACGCCACCAGUAGCGCAACCACAUUGGCUGCUGCACAGAAACCUUCUACCAACGUAGCUCUGUCAGAGAGUCAGAUAGCAGGCAUAGUCGUAGCCGGGGUCGGUGGCGCGGUGAUUGUUAUCGGACUUAUAAUCUUACUAGCCUGCAUCAGGAGAAAACGGUCAGGACGUGACAGCGAUACGCUACCUUUCCAAAUGGAUCCCGCAACUCCCCAAUCGUACGGUGGUGGUUUCCAAGGUCCUAUCGAGAAAAAUGCCAAACAAGGCUGGAAUAACACGCCGACACCCCCUCGAGUGCCACCUCGAAUAGAUACGUCAGAUCCGUACAUGUUCUCAAGGAGAAGCAUAUACCCAGAUAACAUUGGCCUUGCAGUAUCUCCAGAGAAACCUGAUCCUGUUGUCAAACGACCUUCACCAUUGCUUCCCGAGAAACCAAAUUUGAGGUUGGUGAUGCCUCCUACAGCUCCUGUGAAAUCAGCAGGACAAUGGAUGGCGCGCCAGCAGCGAGUGUUACCAGCAAGACAAAGCACAACGACCCAGUUCGAAGACGAUUUGAGCGACUCUGCUACGGAUAUUGACACGGCUUUCAGCGAAUCUGGCGGAAACAUACUGAAAGCCAUCGAGGUCUUUCCAACACCGCCGAGAAAUCAAGCAGCGAAACAAACAGCCAAUAUUUUUACGUUUCCCAACAAUGAAAAUGGCGACUCCCGCCUUGUGACUCAACAACCUAAUCCUGCAUUCAGACUCGUGCCUGCACCAGGGCUCGUAGUCAAGCCUCUGAACCUCAACAAGCAAGGCGUAGGGAGCUUUUCAAGGCCUAGACCGAAUGCAGAGGCACCUUCACAACAGGAAGCUUUGGAAGUCCCAAAUAACUUGCGACCAAUCACGCAAUCAUCAUCAGUAUAUUCACAACAGACACCAAACAGCACACACACCUCUUUCUCCAAUACACCCAGCACUGGGCCCCUCAGUUCCAACUUUCCAGAAACGAAAACGAAAGCCGAUGCCAGAAAUCCUGAAUCUUACAAGCAAGUUGGUCCUUAUGAUCGUGCAUCAGCAGGUUCCUUGACCUCUUUCGACUCGGAGGGAUUUUCUGACGAUGAAAACGCUUCUGUGGCCUUAUCACCAAGAGGGGCAAGGAAAAGUACGAUGGAACUUUCGCCCGUGGAAGAAUCACCUUCCUCUGGGAUAUCUCCAGUUUCGUACCCAAAGAUAACACCUCCGGGAAGGUUGGCUGCUCAGACGAUGAAGAUGGUGCCUCCACCUCCACAACCCGAUUUCACGUCUGUGUUCCAUAGCCGUGCGAAUUUGAAUGAGAAUAGGGAUAACUACAACCAUUGGCGCGCUCCUGAGAAUGCUGCACAGCGUCAACGGAGCCAGCGGAGGGAUGAACUGCGGUUAUCAAGAGCCACGAGGCCGAGUCCACAGGUAUCCGGCUUGCCGGAGCUAUUACCUGCGGCUCAGAUAAUAGAGAUGUCCAACGUCAGACCUGAAAAAGAACGGGAACUAGGAAACAGUAGCAAUUACAACGCUCCAUUUGCGCAUCCUACCAUACCCAACUCUCUAUCAGCUGUUGACCCCCAGCAGCAAAGUCAACCUGGGCCGCCACUUUCUCAACCACAAGUCCAACCUCUGCGUCAAAAAUUGGUACUCCGGCCCGGCGCCGCCCACCUUAAAGACCGCUCCCGCUCCAGCUCCCCCGCUUCGACAAACUCCACGACCUCCUCCCUCCUUGCCAAGCGCCUCGGCGCCGACAAAGCCGCCGCCCUACACCUCGCCCAAAAGCCGGACGUGCGCGACACGGCGAAAACAGGAUGGCGCGUGCUGAAGCAGGACGACAUCCAGGCCGCGAAGGAUCCGGGCUGGCGACCACAGCUGCUGCAGCAGGUUACAAAGGGCGCGAACCAUGGGCAGAGGUUUGAUAAGACGCCGAAAGCCUGGAAUGGGGAUCGGGCGCGCGAGAGCAGAGCUACAGAAGGAGAGAUGCCGAGUAGCAAGAGCGUCAGGUUUGAUGUGGAUGCCGGACGAGAGGGCAAAAUGCCUCCUACACCUGGUUGGGUGCCAAAGCUAACGCCCACAAGGCGGGGGGACGAGUUAUUCUUGAGCGUUCAGUAGGGACUAUGCAUACCCUGCUCGAUAUAUAUCGCAAAAGCGAUUUCUUUUUUUAUCUCAUCUUCACCAUCAUUAUUCUGUUUUCAGACGAGCGAGAUAACGAGAGCAUUGCAUGGCGUUAUGGGAAAUGAAACGAGCGCAUGAUUGGAUGCUUGGAAUACAUAUAUAUAAAGCAUAACCGGCGUUUAAGGCCUGUGGGGGUAAUAUCCAAUUGUAUCAAUAGUGUGUAGAAGAUAGCAUCAAAAUUCUGAUAUGCAUACU